AUGCCGAAAAGUUUUAAAGAAUAUAUCCAACUAAAUGGAUAUGCUGGAAAUUUUAAUCCGUCCAAUUCUCUAUUUUACAGUUUGAGACCAAAGAAACUUUUUCCAACCAUUUUAAUUGGUGGAUUAUUUACAAUAUUGCUUAUACUAUAUGAUAUUCACUCGGUUCCCCAUCAAUAUGUUCAGUAUUCUGUCGGAAUAUCUCAAGAAUUGUACAAAGAUGGCAUUAGUAAAUGUAUGAUGAUCAACCGUAUCAAGCCUGAUAAUAAAUUUGUACGAACAAAUAAUCCUAGAUUUGUUCCGGGAACAGAAACUAUUAUUUUGAAAAAUGGAAGGAUCUUAAACGGAAAGGGAGAUUGUAUUUUAGGUGAUAUCAUUUUAAAAAAUGGAUUAAUUCAUGAUAUUGGACCAAAUCUUAAUGAUGAAGAUGCUGUUAUAAUUGAUGUUAAAAAAAAAUUUAUUACACCGGGACUCGUUGAUAUGCAUAGUCAUGUUGGUGUCGCCUCUUGGCCAUAUUUGUUCGCAACUAUCGACGCGAACGAAGAAACCGAUCCGAUCACAUCUUAUGUUCGCGCUCAGGAUGCCAUCAAUCCAAAUGAUCCAGCAAUUAGAAUUAUCACAUCUGGAGGUGUUACAACUUCGUUGGUUCUACCUGGUAGCGGUAAUUUGAUGGGUGGCGAAGGUUUCGUUAUUAAAAUGCGACCCGUAGAUACCAUGUCAGUGGAUGAUAUGGGAAUUAAUGCACAUAUUGAUCCUGAAAAAGAGAGAGCUUGGCGUUGGCUAAAAAUGGCUUGUGGUGAAAAUAUAAAGCGGGUCUACGGUUCUGUUGGACGUAUGCCUUCUACACGGUUGGGAGAAGCAUGGCUCUUCCGUAAACUCUUUGCUGAGGCACGGGCGUUGAAGCAGAGACAAGAUGACUGGUGUGAUGCUGCAAGUAAAUUAGGUAGCAGUGGGCAGUUGAAUUCAUAUUUUCCGGAGGAACUCCGACUUGAAAGUUUGGUGGCAUUAUUAAGGGGCGAUGCGAGAUUGAAUGUCCACUGUUAUGAGACCUAUGAUAUAGAAGCAAUCAUUCGACAUUCUUUGGAAUUUAAUUUUACUAUUACAGCUUUACAUCAUGCGUUAGAUGCUUAUCGUAUUACUGAGAUAAUUAAAAAACGUGUAAACAAUAACAUUACUAUUGCAACAUUUUCUGACUUUUGGGGCGCCAAGAAGGAAGCAUUUCAAGCUAGUACAAAGGCACCCAAAAUUUUAGCAGAUGCACAUAUUCCCGUAGCAUUAAAAUCGGAUCAUCCCGUAAUAAAUGCGCAAACUUUAAUGUUUGAAGCUUCCAAGGCACAUCAUUAUGGCCUUGAUGAACAUCUUUCUCUUGCAGCCGUUACAUCAGUACCUGCAAAAGCGCUUGGUUUAGAGCAUCGCAUCGGUCAAAUUUCCAAGGGAUAUGACGCUGAUGUUGUGGUUUGGGAUUCUCAUCCAUUGGAAUUAGGUGCAACUCCAUUAGAAGUUUAUAUUGAUGGAAUCCCUCAAUUUAACACCACCAUAUUUGUACUUGGAAAUGAUGUAUCAAAACCAAUCCCAUCAAAUAAUAUAAAUACAUCUACACCAAUUAUGCAAAAACCUGUUAAACCACGAUUAGCCUCCUCAAUUGUGUUGAAAAAUGUUGGCAAGAUUUACGUUGAUGGGAAUCAAAUAAUUGAUACCACUUCAUCAACACAAGGAGAUAUUGGUAUAAUAGUUAAGGAUGGCAUAGUCGAAUGUAUUGGUAUUAAUUGUACACAACCAGAUCAUAUUUCAUCAUAUGAAGUAAUAGAUUUAAAUGGUGGAUAUGUAUUACCAGGAUUUACUGCUGUUGCACCGUCUCUAGGACUAUCAGAGCUUUAUAGAGAACCCUCCACGACAGACGGUAGAGUGACAGCUGUAUCUGAUCCUAACAAUGCUGAAGGAAUUAUUUAUGCAAUCGACGGAUUGAAAUUGGGAGGCAAACAUCUAGAGGUCGCACAUAAGGCUGGAGUAUUUGUUGCUGUCACUGCGCCACUCUCGUCUGAGGGUGUGCUUACCGGAGUUUCUAUGGCAUUUGAAACUGGCGCUAACUCUGUUCUAGAGUAUGAUCCUCAGCCAAUUGUUAAGGAAAAUGUAGCACUUCAUGCCCAGAUAGGAACUCAAUUCAAAUAUAGUCAGAUUGCUUUGAUUAGAAAAACCUUGAUAAAGAAUCUAAAACAAGAUAAUAUCUUUGGUCGUGCUGCACGCGGAGAGAUCCCUUUAGUAGUAUAUACUCACAGUAAAGAUGAAAUUGCUUCUUUGAUCCGAUUGAAAAUUCAGGUUGAAAAUAAUGGUGGACAAUUAAACCUUGUGAUAUUGGGUGGUACUGAAGCGCAUAUUCUUGCCGUAGAAUUGGCUAAACAUAAAAUACCAGUAAUCCUUAUCCCACUCCGAGCUAUUCCAGAGUCAUGGACAGCUCAACAUGCGUUAACAGGGGCACCUAUUACCAAUAAAACUGGAAUUGAUAUACUUUAUGCGAACGGAGUUAAGAUAGGAAUAGGUGUGGUAGUAUCAGGUUCGGAAAGAAAUUUAAUUUGGGAUGCUGGCUGGGCACAUAUAAAUUCUAGAGGAUUGAUUUCAGAAAAAGAUUCACUUGGAUUUAUUUCAUGGAACUUGGAAGAAAUUCUUGGUUUAAAUAUGAAAGAUAGAAGGUUAAUGAAAGGCAAUAUGGCAAAUUUUGUAGCGUAUGAUGGGAAUCCUUUUAACAUGAAUACAAGGGUGAAAAUUGUUGCUGGAGGUGGUAAGAAUAAAAUUCUUAUUGACCCUGACCAAGAUUAG